AUGAUUGAUUGUGAGCAUUCGGAUCCCAUCGUAGUUUGUGUGUUCACAGCAUGUGCUUCUCUUUCGCAACUGAACGUUGGAAGAAAGAUCCAUGGAUCUAUUACUGUCUUGGGGUUACAGUACGAUCCUUACAUAUCCACUUCUCUUAUCAACAUGUACAUCAAAUGUGGCUCGAUCGGUUAUGCAUCACUUGUGUUUGAUAAAAUAUCUGAAAGGGAAGAUAAUUUACAUGAUGUUACUCUAUGGAACUCGAUAAUCGAUGGAUACUUUCGAUAUGGAUGGACCAAGGAUGGGUUUGUUCAGUUUCGACGAAUGCAGUCACUGGGUGUUAAGCCAGAUGCGUACUCCAUCAGUAUCAUUCUGCGGAUGGAUAAUUCUGAUUUGUUGCGAGGUAAGGAAAUUCAUGGGUAUCUCUUGAAGCACAUAUAUCAUCAUGACCAUUUCUUGGAUACUGCACAAAUACUCCAAGUUAAACAUAAUCAAGAACUUUUAAAGCUUAAGCUGUUGUUUGAAGAUUUGAAUCCCCAGCAGUUAUGUACGGUAUGA